AUGAGCGAACUCGGUCCACUGGUAGGCGCACGCCGCAGACCAAGCGACGGCCCUUACGGCCAAGUCGACCUGCACGGCGAGUUCUUCGGUCGACCGCCUUCCGUGCGGAAACCAGAAGAAGUUGAAAACGGAGAGGAAGAGGUAGAAGAGAGCCAGGCAGAGGGAGGACAAGACGGCCGCCGUGUAGAGCCGGAAUCGGCCGCCCUGAGUGAUCUUGUUGGACCUCCCGUGGCGGCAGAUCCUGCGAGACCAGACGACGGAGAGGAACAGCAGCAGCCCAAGGUGGCACGACGCAGACAGCCCACGCAGGAAGAAGGGCUCCGGUAGGAAGCCCAUGGCUCGACCCUUCUCCGACAGAGAUGAGAGGGAGGGAAGAAUCCGCGGCACGGAGUCGUCCCCUCGCCUCUGCACCUCCUGAAAGUGGGAGGUGGAGGAGGAGGCGGGGGUGAUUAA